CAAUUAUAUACCUCUGAAAGAGUUCAUGAAAGACACUUUAUCUUUAUACUAUAUGAUAUCACGUCAUUUUAAUAUUUUUCAACUAAUCAUAUAGUCUCUUGUAGAAUUCCGAAACGUUUUCUUUUACGACAUAUGGAAUUUUUGCACGAGACAAAAGACUACAAUGUAGCUGAGUUUCAAGAGAAAUAUACUGAUAAUCUUCCACAAAUUGUGAUGGUGACUCAAGGUUUCUGUGGAGAAGAUAAUGAAGAUACUUUUGACAGGGAACAGGUGCUGCGAGUACAUGCUUUAUCGAAACAAAAAAGGGUAGUAGCCAGGAUCCAGUACACGACGCACACUAAAAUAAUAAGUUUACCUGUAUGUUAUGACAUAAGUUUGUGUGUCGUUAGAAAAGGAGACAAACACGGAGAGCUGAAAUCAAUAUUUACCAUUUUGCAUAACUAUACACUUCCGAUAACCGUCCAGUUUGCGAAGAAUCGCAGAUUUACAGUUGAUAAACACACUGCUGUCGACGUUAGCAACAUCCCGCGCAUGGAUCUCCUACAGACCUAUGACGAGAUUAACCUGUUGUCAAAUUGUAUAAUUGACGGUAAAAUGAGUGAAGAAAUUGUUUACAUACCAGUUUAUCUGUCACAAGUGAGACUGGCAGUGGUAACAGGGAUUAAAGGUCAAACAGAGGGUACAUGGAACGUCUUUCAACAGAAGUUAGAUCAAGCUGCCAGUGAUAUAGAAUUUGAUAACGAAUUUGGAAAUCCACAUAUUGCCGAGUAUGACACUAGCACAGUUCACACUGGUAACAAGUACACGUAUAUUGAACCGACAUCUUACUGUAAAAUUCUCAGUCUUGUAAACAAAUCACCACAUAGAUCAUUUGACACUGCAUCAUUGAACCAAGUACAUAAUCUUCAAAACCAAGACCAAGGUCUAAACGUUUACGAGGAAAUUGACAUCACGGCGCGAGAGAAUCAAACGACACUUGAACCAUAUGACAAGCUUAGGAUGUCAUGGUCAAAGAGAAGUCAUUUGACGUCAAAACUACAUAAGCACAAUAAAAAAUAUCAAGUGACAGCACCAACAGCUCUCCCAGAACGGAAGCCUAUACCUGGUCUUCCUGCAGCAGUUACAAAGGAUAAUGGUGCAGAAUCCAUGUAUGAAAAUGGUGUACCACGAACGAAUUUAGCACCAUCAACGCACACCAGCGCGAAACUUAAAUCUAAGCCAUCACCUGGAGCGGUGAGUAAAUUUGUACGUGAUGUUAAAAGGCAUGCUGACGUAAAGAAACUGAGUAUCGAGGAGGUUGUCGAGUAUCUUAAAAGACUGAACUUAGGGAAAUAUGCUGAUACUUUUAAGACUGAACAAAUUGAUGGUCGACUGCUAAUACAACUGGACAAAGACACGCUGAAAGAAGACUUUGAUAUGAAAGGUGUGGAGGCAAUAAGACUUGUAACAUUUGCAAAAGAAGGUCACGUGCCGAAUUAGAUAAACUUAAAAGCGAAACACAUUAAUUUUGUUUUUCACUUUAUGUUUUUGUGGGAUACAGAACGUUAGUUUUAUAUAUUGACUUAAUUAUUUUUAUAACUAUGUUCAAAUAACAAAUGUUUUUAAAGAACAAUACAGUGCCAUUGUUUAAAUGUUAUGAAAAAGUACAAAAUAAAUUUCCCAUUGCCUGACACUUUAUAUACAUCCGCCAUGGUGAAGUUUGCGUGUUAUGAAGCUCAAUUAGUUUUGUGUACCCAGCAAACACAGAUCAGUCAAAAUAUUUGAAGAAAAUCAACCAUGAGAAAAUUAGUAAGAUUUUAAGAAAAGAAAAAAAUAUGCACAAUUCACGAAAUAAUUUACAAAAUACAUGCAUAUAUUGGCUAUUGCGUGACUAACACAAUGAAAUCAGUGUAUCCUGCUUCUGUCUACAAAGCCUUGCCGGAUAACUUUUACAGGAUUAUAUACCGUUUACACCAGUGUUAGGAAAAUCUGUUUUACACCCCAUGUAUGAUAAGUCGCGUGCCUUAAAAGACGCCAUUGCGUUUUAAGGAUGACAUCAUUUUACCGCUAUGAAUAAAAAGUUGUAAGUUCAUACGCUACUAUGUAACAGUUAACUGUUUUAUCGCAAUUUCAUAAAUUUGAUUUGUAAUAGAAAGCAGAAAAAAUAGAAACCUCUGAUAAAAUAUACCAAUACUAUCUAAUGCUAACAGCUAUUUAUUAUAAGGCAGUUGUUUGAAGGUGUUUUCGCUACCGCCGCAAAAAAAGAAAGAAGAAAAAGGAAUAGAUCUAAACUAAGAUGUGCAACCCUUGAACAUUUUAAGAUGUCAAAUGUUUAAGACGGAUUAAAAACGGAUACUUUAAUUGUGCAGAAAAUAAUAUUGAUACAAGAUUUUAAGGACUUUUCAAAUGGACAAUAAUUCAUUCAGCGGAUGUACUUUUGAUUUGAGCAGUUGUAUUUAUGAGAAUAAAUUUAAUUUCAUUGAU